AUGUCUUCAACUAAUUUAUUUCACCAUGAUACUCUACCACCAUCAUUUUCGGAUCCCGAAAAUCGCGAUCCCAUGCGAAUUAAUACACAUUUGCAGCUUGAUUUUGCUAAUGUAAUCGCUGAACCUGACACAAGUGCGUAUAAUUUCGAAGCACUUCAUAAAGUAUCACAACAAGUUUACCAUUACAGCAAAAUUUGUAUCUAUCGACUUUUGGCCAUUUUGAUUGGUUUGCCAUUGAUGGUAUGUUGGGGUAUUUUCUUUGGUGUUUAUGCAUUUACCAUGAUAUGGCUUGUUGCACCCAUGCGCCGACUAUCUCAAUCAUUUAUUGGUGAAAUCGGUCUGUACGUUCAAUCAACAAGUGAUGCUAUUGUUGCACCAUUAUUUCGUUCAAUGGGUAAAAUAUAUUCCGGUGUUCAUGUGUCUCUUGCUAAACAAGAUAUUCAUUCAAUAAAGCAAAUUCAAGUGUAA